CACACUUCCGGGUUUGUUGAACCGGCAUGGAAGAACAAAAACACUGCAAAGCAACUAAAAAAGAAGUUUAAAAAGUAUUGUCAUGGCAGAUAUUCAUCUAAGUGAUGCUGAGAAAACAUUUACAAUUCACGGAGUGCAGGACAAUCUUCGUGAAGAUGGUCGUAGCUGUGAAGACUUCAGACACAUGGAGAUAGCAACGAAUGUCAUCUCAAACACCAGUGGUUCGGCUAAAGUCAGACUGGCAAACACAGAAAUCCUAGUUGGUGUAAAAGCCGAGCUGGGUGAUCCUGACCCAGACAAACCAGACCGCGGCAGACUAGAGUUCUUCGUUGAUUGUUCAGCAAAUGCGACCCCGGAGUUUGAAGGUCGUGGAGGGGAGGAGCUUGCAACAGAAAUUAGCAGCAUGUUGGCGCGUGCCUACCAGUGUCCAAGCUGCCUUGACAUGCGACAACUCUCUGUCGUACAAGGCAAACAGUGCUGGGUGAUAUACGUUGAUGUGCUGUUGCUGGAAUGUGGAGGUAAUCUCUUUGAUGCAGCUUCAAUAGCAGUGAAGGCAGCACUAUUCAAUACUUGUAUACCCACACUGACAGUCAGCCAAGAUGAAGGUCAUGUUGAGUUGGAGCUGUCUGACGAUCCGUUUGAUGUUCAGAGGAUUGAUGUCACCUCUGCCCCUUGUAUAGUGACACUCAGCAAGAUUGGCCACUCCCAUAUUGUGGAUGCCAGUAAGAAGGAAGAGGCUUGUUGCUUAGCAAGGUUAAUGAUUGGAGUAACUGACAAUGGCACGGUGACUGCGAUGAAAAAGGAAGGUUCGGGUAGUCUUGACACAUCCAGUGUUGACGAUAUGUUGGAGACUGGUAAACGUGUUGGGCAAGGACUAAACAAAAGCUUAAUGGAAGUGCUGAUCAGUGAUGACAAAACUGGUCGCAAAAAAUACCUAACUGGAUUCCUAAGAUAGCGUUUCCAUUGUCUGUUGACAUUGUUCAUAAGAAGAGCACUCACUCAGUGUUGAUAAUGUGUCAUGGUAUUGUUAUAAACAAGAACAGCAAGGUUUACCGGUACGUUCACUAGAGGAACAAGAAGUACCAAAUGUAUGGUAUAUGGAGCUUGGCCUGCAGAGAGGUGUUUGUACAAUGUAAUAUAAAAUAAUGCAAUGUAGGUGUAACAUUAAGGCAUUCAUUUUUCUACUUGUUUGGACCUUAAAUUGUUACCUGUCUUUUAAAGUUUUCUUCCACCCAAGCAUUUAGUUUUUCAUGUGUCUUAAAGCUGCACAGACAAACCGUUUUGACAACUUUUUUUUAUUUUUGUCUUAGAAUGAGCAAAUUUUUGUGUUAAUGUCUGAGAACCAAUCCUAUAAGACUGCUGACAAAGGAUCAGAUUGCAGUUUUUCAUAUUUAUGUUCGAAAAUAGUUGUUUUAUGCUGAAAAACUCAUUUUUCUUAAAGUAACGUAUAUAGCCACAAUGCAUUUUCGAACGUAAGUAUUAAAAUCUGUGAACUGAUACUUUGCCACCAGUCUUAUAUGACUGGUUUCCAGAUAUUUACGCAUCGAUUGAUUCAUUCCAAGACAAAAAAGUCAAAACAGUCAAUCUGUGAGUGUGUAGCUUCAAAUCAAUGACAUUCCAGCCUGACGCCUUUGGUAGUGAAGCUGACUAAAGACAUUUUGGAAAAUCCAAAAAUAUUUGACAUCAAUCUCAUGAUCAUAUCAUUGCAGUGUACAUGUAAUUUGAAUUGUUAACUAGCUUGUGUAGUGUGAUAUAGUGAUGGAUCAUAAAAGUAAAUUGCGUAUAUAUUAAAAUUUGGUGUGAUUACCUAUCAGAGGCAUUUAGACUUUCAAUGUAAAGAAAUCAUGCAUUUUCAUAAAAACAGUCUAUGUGUAUUUGAUUCUUAUAUGCAUUUGUCACAUCAAAAAAUUGGUUGUAAUUAUUAAAAUUUAUGUUUG